CGCUCUUGUCAUUUUCCAAACACGGUCUCUUCAUCUCGCUUGCAUUCACUCACCAAGUCACACACAUAGGCUAGGGUUUUUCGAUCAAACAAGAAGGUCUCUCCUGUCAUUCUAGUGAGUGCUUUAGGUAUCUCGAAGAAGAUGUACGGUAAUUUGGUUCGGAGAGUGAAGUUAUUGGGCCCUAUGUUUGAGGAAUUGAAGGACGGCUACAAUGAGGUUCGAGGACUAGAGUCAUUGAGGGUUGCUUUGAAUUCGGCUAAAGAGCUUCUCCGAUCGUUUAUUAAUGAAGGCAGUAAGCUUUAUCAGAGAAGUACCCAAAAUCGAGGGCGAGUUUUGACACAAUGUUAAUGGCUUCUUGGAGGCAGCUUUUCAUCAUUUCUCACAUCCUCAUGGGCCUUGUUGGUCUCACCAUAGCUCAGCCUGACUUCAUAUUUCACAGAUGUUCAAAUAUCAGUGGCAACUACACCAAUGAUAGUAGGUACAAAGCAAACCUUGACAGCCUCCUCUCCUCCCUCGCUUCUGACACCAAUAUCAACUAUGGCUUUUAUAAUUCCUCCUAUGGCGAAAACUUAGACACCGUUAAUGCAAUUGCACUUUGUAGAGGAGAUGUUAACCUCGAUAUCUGUCGUAGUUGUGUCAAAAACUCUACUACUAAACUCAUACAACUUUGCCCUAACCAAAAGGAGGCAUUUGGAUGGUAUGACUUUUGUAUGUUACGUUAUUCCAACCGCUCUAUAUUCCGUAACCUCGAAACUGCUCCUCUUGACCAUCAGCCCAACCCAAAUGAUGUCUCCAAUAAUAAUGGGGAUCUGUUCAAUGAGGCACUGAGAACCUUGUUGGACGACGUAAAAGUCAAAGCUGCAUCAGCUGACUCUACUCACAAGUUUGCCACGGGGAAUGCCACUGCACCGGACUUCGAAACGUUAUAUGCGCUUGUGCAGUGCACCCCUGAUUUAUCCGACUCCGAAUGCAUCAAUUGCCUAGAUGUGGCUACUCGAUACAUUCCAGAUUGUUGCAAUUUAAAGUGGGGAGCAAAAAUUAUUGCACCCAGCUGCGUUCUUAGAUUUGAAGCCUAUCCUUUCUACAAUGAGACCAACAUUGCGCCGCCGCCGCCACCACCACUGCCACAGCCACAGGGAAAGGACAGUAAUACAGCUCGAACUGUCAUCAUCAUCGUUGUCCCAUCAGUUAUCUUUGUGCUAGUUAUCAUUGCCAUUUACAUCCAUUUGAGAAAGAGGAAGCAGGGAAAGCCAAAUGAGGAAGUUGAAGCUAUGGAUGAAAUUAGAAGUGUGGAAUCCUUGCAAUAUGACUUUAAUACUGUAAAAGCUGCAACAAAUAACUUUUCUGAUACUAACAAGCUCGGACAAGGUGGAUUUGGUGCUGUUUACAAGGGCAGGCUUCAGAAUGGAGAAGAAUUAGCUGUGAAGAGGCUAUCCAGGAAUUCUGGACAAGGCGAGCAAGAAUUUAUGAAUGAGGUUCUGCUAGUGGCCAAGCUUCAACACAGGAAUUUGGUUAGGCUCCUUGGUUUCUGCCUCAGUGGAACAGAAAGGCUACUUAUCUAUGAGUUCAUGCCCAAUUCAAGCCUCGAUCACUUCAUAGUUGAUCCCAUCAAGCGUGCACAUAUGGAUUGGGGUAGUCGUUUCAAGAUCAUAGGAGGCAUUGCUCGGGGACUCCUGUAUCUUCAUGAAGAUUCUAGGCUUCGGAUUAUUCAUCGUGAUCUCAAAACUAGCAAUGUUCUACUAGAUGCAGAGAUGAAUCCUAAAAUUUCAGAUUUUGGAAUGGCAAGAUUGUUUGUGCUGGAUGAAUCUCGAGGCAAAACAAGUAGAAUUGUUGGGACCUAUGGCUAUAUGGCUCCAGAGUAUGCAAUGCAUGGCCGCUUCUCAGUCAAGUCAGAUGUCUUUAGCUUCGGUGUGAUAGUUCUGGAAAUCAUAGCUGGUCAGUUGAACAACUGUUUCCAAAAUGGGAAGAAUAUAGAGGACCUUCUAAGCUACGCUUGGAAAAACUGGAAGGAAGGAACAGCUUCAACUCUGAUAGAUUCUACUUUGCAAAAUGGUUCAAAUUCAAUGAAUGAAAUAAUGAGAUGCAUCCACAUUGGGUUGCUAUGUGUUCAAGAAAGUGUAGCUGAAAGACCAACCAUGGCUUCAGUUGUUCUUAUGCUUAAUAGUUUCUCUCUCACUCUCACAGUACCUUCACAGCCUGCAUAUUUUAUGCAGGGUGUCACUGAUCCAGAAAUGCCAUUGCUAGGAUCAAAGAGUAAAUCUACCAGUCUGUCAGUAGAUGAAGCAUCAAUUACGGAGUUAUAUCCACGAUAGUGUCUCGAGAAUGAUAUUACUGCAACAAGCAUGUUUGUGUGAUUCUUUUUACACUGACUGUUAUUAUUUUGUUGCAGAAUAAUAUAUCUUAAGAAAGUUUGUGAGAACUCUGCUAUUCCUAUAUGUACUUGGAGUACUUAAUUAUAAAUAUAGUCAUACAGAGACACAUUUUGAAAAUGGCAGAAUCCUCUUUGUACGGCACUCAGGUUGGAUAUCUUUGACCAAAUCCAAUAUAUAUAUGCUAGUGAAACUGCCAGGAUCAAAUGUGCUGCUAUUCUAUAUGUACUUGGUAUUUUGUAA